ACGUACACGCGCGUAUAAUAAUUGCGAAGGUGCGGUUCUCGUUUUGCUAUCUCGAUCACGAUGUCAGAGUCAGAAUCGAGCCAGGAGCCGUACCAGGAGGAGCUGGUGAACGUGGCUAGAGGGAGGGACAAGGCGAGAGGCUGUUGCAGGCGGCACCCCGUGGCGUGCGGCGUGACGCUGCUCGUUGUGGCUUCUCUGUCCCUGGCUGUUCUGGGUGUCGCCCUGGGCAUACGCUCCUAUCUCGACCAAACGUUUCGCGACACUGUGGACCAGCAAGUUCUUCUGGUUCCCGGGACGGAGGGAACGAAGCAGUUUGAAAAGUCCAGCGCUCCACUGUACACAAAGUUCUAUUUCUUCAAUGUAACCAAUAGCGACCAGAUACUUGCCGGGGCAAAGCCGGUGGUUACGCAAGUCGGACCGUAUGUCUACAGGGAGUGGCGGACCAAGACUAAUCUGACGUGGAACGGGAACGAGACCGUGGUGCACUACGACCUCAACGUGACUUAUUCAUUUGAGCCCUCAAUGUCUAGUGGCGAUCCAAAACACGACAAAAUCAUCACACUUAAUAUUCCUUUUUAUGUUCUUCUGCAGCAAAUACAAGGUAUCUUAGGUGGACUAAAUGAAGACGAGAGGGGUCUUGUUCUACACCUGCUCGAAGAGGCUAGAAAGCUAUCGGGAGAAGGAGGGCUUUUUACGGAACUAGUCGUGUACGAUCUUCUCUUUGGCUACAACGACCCCCUGCUGGUCUACAUCAUCAAGGAUAUCGAAGCUCUGCCCGACGUCCUUGGGGACUGGGUCAAGAAACUUAAGACUUUUGCAAAAACCAUCAACCCUCUUUUCGGAUUAGAGAACGUGACAGAGGUGGAAUAUGGUAACCAGGUGUACACCGGGAAAGACGACAUCUCUCAGAUUGGACAGUUCAUCGAAUGGAACGGAAACUUCGAAAUCUACAAACAUGGGGGAUGGGGAACGCCCGCUGCAAAAAUGCUCAACGGGACGGCCGGCUUUAUUUUCCCUCCUGGCGUCAAAAAGGGGCAUAACGUGACUGCGUUUAUAUCUGAACUUUACAGAUCUGGUUACUUCUCGUUCACAGAGGUCAAGACUCUCUACGGCAUCAAUCUCUAUCGCUAUGCCCUCCCUGGAGACGAGCUAGUCAGCGCCAACCAAGACCCUGGUUUCUAUGCCAACGGGCCAAACGGUGUCCUAAAUCUAACGGCG